GUGAAUUGACUUGUAGUGACCUGAACUAGUAUGUGUGUGGAUUUUGGGUUAGUGAUGUGUGUGUCUGGAUGAUGCCGGACCGGGACGUGGGCGGGGCGGCCGGGAGCGGGGGGUUCCUGCCGCUGCAGUUCCCGUCGGCCUUCGCUGCGUUCCAUGCUGCGCCGAGCGCGCCCGCCGCCAUGCACCACGCGCAGCACUACCACCAUCAUGCGCAAUUGGCUGCCGCGGCAGCGGCGGCUGGCGCGACCAGCGAACUUAGCUACCUCGCGGCGCUGCACCCGGCGUACCGGCCCGUCACCUACGACCAUCCGCUGUAUGGAGCCAACACCUUAAGAGGGUUAGAGUAUUUGAGCGCGGCUCGGAGUCUUCACCCGGAACUACACGCUGGCAGCACGCUGGCCAGCCAGGACUUUCAACUUAGUUUAGAAGGAUCAAGAAUAGCCUCCCCAACGCGCCUCAGGUUAUCCGGCGGCGCGAUAGGGGCCUCCGCUAACCGCAAACGAGCAGUCUCCUGGAGCCCUUACUCCGCGGAGUCAUUAGACUUGGCGGCGGUGAUCAGGGCGUCGCCGGCAAGCUUGGCUGUUAGGGCGCCUUCGGCUGCUUCUACUGGCAGCUAUGGCCAUCUUAGUGCUGGCGCGAUAUCCCCCGCCCUGUCGCUGUCUCACGCGUCGCUGGCGCAACAGCUGCUGGCGCGAGGCGGCGGCGGCGUGCUGGCGGGCGGAGUACUACUGGAUCCUGCGCACCAGCAGGCGGCGGCGGCGGCCGCGCAUCACGCAGCCCAUGCGCACCUGGUGGCCGGGAUACACAGAUCCCACAUAUCAUCGCCCACGCAGCUCCUGAUGGGGACUCCCGUGGACAUCCGACAGGGCCUGGGCAUGGACGGGUCCCCUCCUCAUCAUCUGCAACAACCGCCGCAGCAGCCUGAAGUCACUAGCAUCAUGGAGGCCGAUAGUGCUUCAUCAGGCAUGACACAGCGGAAGUCGCCACAGAGCCUGAUGCAUCGAGACAACCAUCACAGCAACAAGCCGCUAUCGGCCGCCGCGGAGAGCACGGUCCAUGACGGACUCGACUCGAAAGACGAACCCGGAGAUUUCAUCGAGACUAACUGUCAUUGGGUGGACUGUAAACUAGAGUUUCCCACGCAAGACGACCUAGUAAAGCAUAUCAACACGGACCAUAUCCACGCGAGCAAGAAGGCGUUCGUGUGCCGCUGGGUCGGCUGCUCAAGAGACGAGAAGCCGUUUAAGGCGCAGUACAUGCUGGUUGUGCAUAUGAGGAGGCACACUGGGGAGAAGCCACAUAAGUGCACAUUCGAAGGCUGCUGUAAAGCAUACUCCCGUCUCGAGAACUUGAAGACCCAUCUCAGAAGUCACACGGGUGAAAAACCCUACACCUGCGAAUACCCGGGCUGCGCCAAGGCGUUCUCCAACGCAAGCGAUAGAGCGAAGCAUCAGAACAGAACACAUAGUAAUGAGAAACCUUAUGUAUGUAAGGCGCCUGGCUGCACAAAGCGGUAUACCGACCCGUCGUCUCUCAGAAAACACGUGAAGACUGUUCACGGUGCCGAGUUCUAUGCCAGUAAGAAACACAAAGGUUGCAGUCGUGGCGACGAUUCCGCUGAGUCAGGUGGCGGAGGAGCAGGCUCUUCCCCACGCUCCGAAGAGGGCGGAGUCCCCAUUGGAAUCCGCGGGCACACUUCCUCGGCCUCCGUCAAGAGCGAGAGCCCCGCGUCCCCGCUACCGCAUGGGCUGCAUACUCCAGCGCAUCAGUUAUCAGCUCAAUGUGGCGGAGACUUGGACUUCGGCGGUUCUGGCUUGGGUGGCUUCAGUGACGAAAAUGGCGCUCCUUACUUCAGGCUAGACGGAGAGGUGGAACAAGAGGUGGUGGGUGAAGUAGGCCAGCUGCCUCUGAUGCUGCGCGCCAUGGUAGCCAUCGGCGAGCCGCGGCACCACCACAUGCCUCGCUUGCAAAACAAGAUGGCGGUAAAUCGCCUCAUGCCGCCGGGGCAUGGCGUUGACUUAGGAGGAGCUGCCGCACCGGGCCGCACGGACCUCGGGAACACGAACGUAGGGGCAGAGAUUAAGACGGGGAUGCCGAACACUAGGCGGGACUCUGGGAUAUCGUCUGGCAGUAGCCUUUAUAGUGCAAGGUCCUCAGAUAUCUCUCGUAAGAGUAGCCAAGCGUCCGUGGUGGGCGCGGCGCCGGCGCCGGCGCGCCUUGUGCCGCACGCCGGCGUCUACGACCAGCUGUCUCCGGAUAGCAGCCGCAGAUCUAGUCAAGUUUCAUGCGUGGGAUACGCACCAGCACCAUCCUCAGCUCUCGCCGCCGUCCAAGCUGUCCGGACGUCCCAGGGCAAUCAGGCGGUCCUACUCCGCGGGGUAACUUGUUCGGAGGUGCGCGCUGAGGAGCUGGCGCUCGAGCUGGACCCCAACGUCCAGGUCAAAGAGGAAGCCAGGAGACUCUCGGAACAGUCCAACCUGAGUGAUCAGACGCAGAGCUACCAGCCGUACCCCUGCGGGACUGAUGACGUGGGUGACGCCCCAUUCCCAUUCAAGACAGAGGACGAGCACGAGCCGGUGUACAAGGAGUCGCGCUCCAACUCCACCAGCACGGUGGUCGUCACCACAGCGCAGGUGCACCACCCCAACCAGGAAGUCAACCUCGAGCAGGUCGCAGAAGGAGAAAUGGUGGAGAACAAGCUGGUGAUACCAGACGAAAUGAUGCAAUAUCUUAACCAAUCAAUAUUGGGAACCGACUCGGUAGCACCAGCCAAGAACGACUCCAGCACCCCGCCCGACCCCGAGGCCGACAAGGAACAAGACAGUGCAACCAAAGACAAUGACACUCGCGACCAGAACGCUAACAAUUCUAGUGACAAAAUCAGUGACGUAGCGACCAGUGACGAUUCUCUACUCAAAAAUCUAGGUGCCAUAGGUAGUGAUCUCAAUAUAAGUGAUAUUCCAGUCGAUUUAAGGUCGUUAGACGUUAGCAUGUCGGGCAACAGCGGCUCUUUACUAGCCACGAAGUCGCCCGACGACAAGAACCCGUUACAGGAUCAGGUUAUACCUGAAGUCCCCACCGAACAGUGCGAGGACUAUAAGAAACCACCGACAAGCAAUGUCUCAACAACAGCAAAUCCUUUGCAAUCUUUGCAAUCUAUGGCAGCGAAUCAGCCAGAGCCUAAUAGGAUGAGAGCGAAUCUUCUACCUCAGAAACAAAACACGACGAUGAGUCCAAAAACCAUGGUAAUUACUCCGCAGACGGUUAUGAGUCCACAGACUUUGCCUCAUAGUAUGCUGAGUCCGCAGAGCUUACCUCAUAGCGCUAUGAGUCCACAGAGCGUGAUGAGUCCCCACAACAUUCCCCAUAACGUCAUGAGUCCACCCAGUGUUUACAACGUUAUGAGCCCUCAGAGCGUUAUGAGCGUCAUGUCCCCACAGCACAACGCUAUGAGCCCGCAGAGUAUGCAGAGUUUGAUGAGCCCUCAAAUGCCGAACCAGAUCAUGAUGAGUCCGCGACACAAUAACAUCGGCAGCCCCAUGUCUCAAAACAUGGCCAGUCCAGCCGUUAACAUAGCAAGCCCUAUGAACCAAAAUAUGCCGAGCCCCAUGAGCCAUGGCAUGCCCAGUCCGAUGCAUCCCAGUCUACAAAGCCCUAUGGCACAAAACGUGACGAGUCCCAUGAUGCAAAACAUGCCGCUAAAUCCUCCCCAAAACGCUAGCCAAAACAUGAUGAUGAACAUGAGCAUGAAUCAGCCGCAUAUGCAAGGCAUGCCACCUAACUACCCUCAAAACCGACAAAAUUGUAAUCCUAAAGCCGUUAGUAAAAACUAUAACAACGUACAAAGUCAAUAUCAAAACCAAAACUACAAUCAAGCACCCGCCUAUCCUAUCCAAAACCAGCAGAAUGGUAACAAUAUGCGCCAGCAAAACAUGCAGCAAUAUCAAAUGCAACAAUUUAACCAGAAUCAAAUGCCUGGCAUGCAACAAAUGAGCCAAAAUCAGCCCAAUAUGAUGUACAAUAACCAAAUGAUUCCGCCCAAUUAUCAACAACCGAUCAACUACCCCAAUCAACAGAGCCAAAUGCAUCAAAUGCAAAUGUCAAGGUCUUCAGUGAUGAGCGUGGACAACAGCGGCAAUAUGGCGCGAGGGACUUUAAACAGCUACUGCGAGCAACAGAACCAGUGCCCGCCCAUGCAAAACAAUCAAUACAACCAGAACAUGCAAUAUCCACAACCGCCUCCUUACAAUGCUGUGGUAAAUGCUGCCAAUGUUAUGGGCCCGCCUCCACCUAAAAACAAUCAUCAAUACAAUCAAGCCAUGAUGAAUAACAACCAAUAUUACAAUCACCAGAGACCUUACAUCCAAUGGGACUAUCCCGGUAAUCAGUUCAAUAAACACAACAUGCAAAAAUCCGCUCAGAACUCUGUGAACAUGUCUACUGGAAGCCAGAAGCCGGUGAACGGUGUCAGACCACAGAUCAAUUGCAAUCAGAUGGUCAAGAAUGGAGAACAACAGACUGAUUGCAGCAUGAAUAGUUUAAGAAGUCAGAAUAAUCAGGCCAGCGAUGUUCAGGUCUGGGACAUAUCGCAGUCGCAGAUUGAAGCCACGAAUGCGAGGAAGAAGAAUCAGAACGCUAGUACGAUGCGGCAAGAAACCUAUCAGAGGACGUUAGAGUAUGUUGAGAACUGCGAGAAUUGGAAGAGUUCCGAAAUGGUCUCCAGCAGCACCCAUCCUCUGCAAGGCGGCGACAACAUGGUUGUGAACGAUCUCCAAACAUCCUUGUCUUCAUUUUAUGAAGAAAACCAGUACCUCCAGAUGAUCCAAUAGUUGUAAUUUUAUUGAAUUUAGUGCUAUAUGUGUUCACGUUAAAGUCGAAUUUAGAUCUGAUAAUGGUGCACCUAAAACUAUGGUUGUUAAACUUAUGCAAUGUAGACUGAUUAAUUUUAAAUUUCUAAAUUUAGGCUCAAAUGUUUCAAGUACAUUAGCGUAAAGGGUUUUUGACAAAAGACAACCACAUAAAAUAUUGUACAUAAUGUAAACUUUGUUGUAUGUCUUCCAUCUUAAGUAAGUACAAUAUUGUAUGAGAAUUGAUGCGAUAUUUUUAUAUUGUAGAUUUAUGUUAGUUUAGGAUGUACAUAGAUUGUACAUAGGAUUUUAAGAUUUGCUACAAGGGAAAUUGUGAACAGUGUGCCUUAAAUUUCUACGUGUUUUGAACUAAUUAUGUAGCAAUAUUUAAAAAAUCCUAUAAUUUUUAUAAAGACUCUUGCGGUCAAUAAAUAUUUAGGUGCAACUAAAUUGACUUCACAUGCAAGUGGCUUUUGAGAUUAUUAGACAAUAAUAGAAUCAAAUAAAUAGAACAAAGUCUGUACAAAACAUUUUCUAGAAUUUUUACCGUUUGUUGAAAUUUUAGUGUAACACUACUUAAAUUUAAGUAAAUGUACUUUUUUAAUGUUAGUUUGUAAAAUAAUUAAAGCAAUAUUGUGCUUCGAGACAUCGAAUCUCCUAGUUUUUAGAUUUUAUUAUGAGAUUACUAGACUAAGAUUUUUGUAAGUUUGUUAAUUUUUAUUAUUUAAUGCAGACAAAAUGACCGCACAAAUGAUUGUAAUGAUUGUAUUUCGUAAUAACUUAUUGUUUUUCUGUUCUCGCGACCGCGAACAUCUGUGAACAAUAUUUUUAUGAAACUAUUAAAUAAAACAUCCUAUCAUGAA